AUGAAGUUGCAAAGGAGUAAAGAGAGCUCGCACUCCAGCGACGGUCCGAAGGGGAAGAUGACACUUGUGCUUGCAUCGGUGACGCUGAUAUCUACGUUCGGAUCCUCCUUCCAGUAUGGCUACAACGUGUCUGUGAUCAAUUCUCCAGCGCCGCAUAUGCAAGCCUUCUACAACCUCACCUACCUGGAGAGGAACGGAAAGGCCAUGGACAGCAAACUGCAGACACUGCUCUGGUCUCUCACCGUGUCCAUGUUCCCCCUGGGAGGCUUCUUUGGCUCGCUCAUGGUGGGCCCUCUCGUUAACAAGUGUGGCCGAAAGGGCACCUUGCUGAUAAAUAACAGCUUCUCCAUUAUCGCUGCAAUCCUCAUGGGAACCUCAGAGGUAGCAAAAACCUUUGAAGUCAUCAUCCUUUGCCGUGUCAUCAUGGGAAUAUAUGCUGGUAAGUGAGAGGUUAAAUGGAAAGGGAAAG